UUGCAUAGCUAGAAGACUUGGUUUACUCUGUUUUUUAAACUAUAGACAGGAUAAGAAGGAUGAUUUUAUAAUGGCAAUCAUAUGGGAACCAAAAUAUUAUACAGUAGGUCAUCAUUUGGUAAACUAUUUUUAUAUGAAGGAUAAAUCCUUACAAUAUCCGUUGAACAUUGCUAGAAAGAAUUGUUACUUUGCUCAUCCACUGAAUUCAUUAUAUGAUAUAUCGCAAAUACAAAAGAUGAUAGGUGCGUUUCCGCGUAAUUUCUGUGAAUUGAUGAAUCAAUAUGAUAUACUUCACAAUUGGAAGGUCAAUAACUUGAUAAAUUUUUCAUGGCGAUGUUUAAGAAUUUUUAUUGAGGAUAUAAAUAUCGAAUAUGAAUACAGGAAUUUUAUAAAUUUAAUAAAGGAUACAUCUAAUAUCUUAAGAAAUCAAGAAAUAAGAGAGAAAGAAAUUAAAUAUACGAUUGGCAUGACCGUAACGCAUUCACCGAAACCAUAUUUACCUUCGACUGAGAAAUGUAAUCCUCAUACUGGUGUGAUAAUUGGGUGGAAUUACAAAUGUAAAGCUGCGUUCGUACAAAAAAAAUUAAAAUCUGUAGCUCCACAUCUCAGCGAAUGCUGUGAAACUCGGCAUAUGUGCUUCUGCAAAUGUUAUACUUGUAAAUCGGACAAUUCCAGCUUUAUCUAUCAACCGCACUAUAUAAUUCUUGCAGAAAAUAAUAUAGUAUGUUAUGCACCACAAGAUACUGUGUCAAGAUGUCCACCAAAAUGGAUAAAUAAUGUAGAGAUAGGACGAUAUUUUUCUCAUUUCGAAGGCACUCAUUACGUACCAACUAAAAAUUUGGCAAAAAAUUAUCCAACUGAUAUCGCUAUUAUGCACCAAGUACUUUCUGAUCAGUAGUGUGUAC